AUGCGUCGAGAACUCGAAGGCAGGGCCGGCUCCCAGCCAGAGGCGCUGUCUCGUGGUGGCACCUAUGCGUCGAGACUCGAACUCACGCCGCAAGGCGCUCAGCGCAAUAGAGGCGCUAGAUCCUCUGUGCCAGCUAAUGCGUCGAGACUCGAAGGGCAGGAGCCCUCAGCCAGUCAGAGGCGGCUGUCCUCUGUGGCAACUGAGCUGUCAAACGCCUUGAGACGGGGUGAGCCGGCGCGGGGGCGGGCGGUGUUUACGGGUGGCGCCGUCCAGCCGACUGCUAAGGAUGCCGGUCGCUGCGCGGCGGCCGGCCACUGCGGCCCCAUUGCCGCGCUCGUCACGCGCGGGGCGGCGCACGCCCGGCCAGGGGAGGUUUCGCCACUCCACGCGCCGCCGCGCGCCUCCGGGGCCGCUUCUUUCGGGGAGGCGGCCAAGGCUCGAACGCGCGACGCAAUCGCGCGGCGCGGGGUAUAUAUGCGCCCGCGGCGCUUCCAGCGGCACUGUCGUCUGCACAAGCACCACAGAACCUCCUCACCGCCAACAUGUUCAAGCUGCUCAGAAAAACGCUAG